UUUGCCGCUUCAGGGAAAUACAGAGAGUGUGACGAAAAAGAGGUUUGCGAUUUCCUAAAAUGGACGUUUCGCCGCCGGAAGUCGACGAGAGUUUCUCAGCAGAAGACGACGAAGACGAAGACCUGUGCCGGAUUUGCCGAUCGCCGGAGGAGCCCGGAAAUCCGUUACGGUAUCCGUGCUUGUGCCGAGGCUCCAUCAAGUUCGUUCACCAGGAUUGCCUUCGUACCUGGCUCAAUCGCCGCCGCGGAAACAACAAAUGCGAGGUGUGUGGGCGUAGCUACUCGUUUGUUCCCGUUUACUCCGAGAACGCUCCGGAGAGGCUUCCUUGCGACGAGUUUCUACUUGGAGUCUUAUCAAGAGCAGGACGUUACUUGAAGUUAAUUGUUUCUUGGACUGUGGUGAUUCUCUUCAACGCAUUCUGCAAUUCCUUGCAUCCUUUGGGCCAACAAGUUGUCGCUGACUCCCAGAGAGUGUUAGCUUAUUUGUGGGUUGGCUUGCUUUACAGCAGUGUCAUCGCUUGCUCUAUACUAAUUGUCAGUAUUGUAAGGAUGGAUGUAGGAGUCGGGGGACUUCCUGGUUGGUUUCUCGCUGAUGGUGAUGGCCUACAAGGAGGAGUUUUGCACUUCUUGUGGAAGUAUUUGAAGAUCCUUUGUGAUUGGUAUUAUCUUAAACUCAUACUCUUCUUGCUGCAACGUCUUCGUCGUCGAGUUAUACUUGUUCCUCCAUUAGAGUCUCUACUUGAUGAGUUUGGGGUUUUCCGGAGGCUUCUUUUCUUUUUCGAUGACCAUGUCUUUGCUGGCCUUGCCAUCAGCGUAUAUGUCUCUACACUAUUUAUUCUUCUGCCAUUUUCUAUUGGAUGGGUUGUAUUAGCAACUGUUGGAGGAGGCAGCAGCUAUUUGUCUGGAAACUCGCCUGUUAUUCUUGGAUACAUGAUGAUGCUGUCAAUCUGCUUUGCUUACUUUGGAAUCCUCUUCAUUCUCCAACAAAGCUCACUUUCAGUCAUCGUUCGCUGGCUUUCUCUGGGGUUUCACUUCAUAACAGUGACAUUGCCAUGUCACUUGUUGGCUUUCUUAGCAAUGGCCUGCAAAAACAUAUUACUCAUCAAGGAUGUUUUUGUCUUGUUCUUCAAGUUUGGUGCUCUGCCUUGGAUUCUUGGUUGGUUCCUCGGAAUCUGCACCUCCCCUAUGUUUGGAACCAGGAGUUUUCAGAUACUUGAGAUUUGGCCACACAACCCGUGCAUUAUGGUGGGCUUUCGUUUGCUUUCAGGACUCUCUUGCUUGAUAAUUGCUGUCUCUUACAUGGAACAUAUCCAGAAGAUCAUGCAUAAAAGAGCCUAUUGGUAUCUUCUAGAUGUCACAGAUCCAGGCUACAAGAUUACCAAACUGAAUCUUCGACACGUUUUCUUCGUGUUUGCUUCUCAUGGGUUAUUAUUGGUGAUUCUGUUUCGCUUACCAAUGAAAGCAAUUACACUUAUCAGCCCAUCGUUUUUCCCUCUUGAGUUAUGGGACACCGACGGAAGUCGUUUUAUUGGUGCUGCGUACGCAAUUUAUUUCAACCUAAUGCAUGCCGGGCCCAAAUGGUUAAUCAAACUUACCAAGCCAGCCAUCGAACUCUUAGUUCACAAGUGGAUUGUCACAAUUUGUUCUUGGCUUCAGCUGCGUGAUCUCUUGCUGGUAGUGCCCCGAGGAGAGGAGGACUUUCACUUUACUGAUGAUAACCCUUGGUUGCUAUUGUAUUCAUUGGCUGAAGGCUCUAUGGUCACUUUUUACAAAUCACAGAAUGAUGAAGACGAUAUCAAAGAGCAAAGACAUAACAGGUAUCGGACGAGGAUUGCUAUAAUGUUGAUGCUAGCUGCUUUGAGUUUGUUUCUCGUUGGCACAGCCUUUAUGGUUUUGCCAAUUUUGGUUGGAAGAGUGUUCUCUUACUCGAUCUCCUUCAUCUUGCGAAGAGUUGGAAUCAAACAUGACGAUGUUUGUGCUUUUUGGACUGGAUGUUAUAUCCUACAAGCAAUCUAUGUCAGCAUUUGCUUUGCAUUUGAUCAUAUUUGGACGGGAAGAACUGAUUUCCUUCUCAAAUAUAUCUUGAUACGAAUAAGAAAUGCUCUUCUCUUCUCCAUCUGGAUCGUUAUCAUACCGGGAUUGCUCGGUCUACUUAUCGACCUUAUGAUCAUCAUCCCAUUACGAGUGCCACUAAACGAAACGCCACUCUAUUUCUUGAUCCAAGAUUGGUUGGUAGGAGUAGUGGUACUUCACAUCUGGACCUUUCUGACAAUGCUCACGCCUAUCAAGUGUUUGGCAACCAAGGCAUGGCGAAGGAAGUUUGAAAGAAUCAGGAGCGUGGGACUCAAUAAGCUUCCUUCAAUGUGGCUGCUUCGAGAUGUGAUUGGUUCCACUAUAAGCUCACUUCUAACUACACUCUCCAUCCCUUGCGUGCUCGUGAAGUCUCUGUUACCGUUGCUUGGAUAUUCCCAAAGCUUCAAUGCAGCUACUGAGCGGUUUAUCUGGCCAGCAUCAUUAGCCUUGAUUGUGGUCUGGUUCGUGACAAAGCUAACGCUUGAGAUCAUUAUCUACUUGCACCAGUUGAUCUUCAAUGAGCGGUAUAUGGUGGGUGAAAGAGUUGGGGAUUUGACUGAAGAUCUCUAGAGCAGGGGUAUAUGAUAAACAAGGACUCUUUUUGUUGAUAGAACGAGUAAAAAAAUGUUAAUAUCUUUAGCAGUGGUUAGGUUUCUAAUGUUGGUAGAUGUUGUCGUACCUUUGAAUGACAAGUAAUGAAUCUAUCUCUACUUAACGUCUUUCGUA